UUGCUGUGAACAGUAAGGAGUUCCUUGCAAAAGAAGAAAGCCAAAUACCAGUGGAUGAAGUGUUUUUUUUAUAGGUAUUAUAAAAAAGUUGCUAUUGUUAAAGAGAAACAAAAACUGGAUGCAGAUGAAGAAAGUAUAGAAGAUGUGGAUGAUGAGGAAUUUGAAAAGAUGAUUGAUACAUUUGAAGAUGAUAACUGUUUCACCUCUGGGAAGGAUGAUUUUGAUUUUGCUGGCAACAUGAAAAAGAAAAGAAAAGGAGCUAAGGGUGAGCCAGAAGAUGAAGAUUCAGAAGAUAGUGAUGAUGACCUUGAUAACUUAGAUGAUGAUGAAGUUUCAUUAGGAAGUAUGAAUGAAGAAUUUACUGAAAUUGAUGAAGAUGGAGGAGCAUUUAUGGAUGUGUUGGAUGAUGAGUGAGGGCAUUCAAGACCUUAAUGAUGAAGUGAGCUCCGAAGUCAAUUCUAAUAAAA